CACACACCUUUCCCCUGCCCACCACUCCAUGCUGCUGAUAUGAGCGCUCUUCCGCGUGAGGUUUGGCGAUGGCUGCAGUCGCUGCAGCUGUCGAUACAGGUACGCAACGUGCGCCGGGACGUGGCAAAUGGAUAUGUCAUCGCAGAGAUCCUGAGUCGGUACUUUCCCACCAAGGUGAAGAUGCACAACUACGACAAAGGGUCGGCAAUUGAGAAGAAGAUGGACAACUGGAGAUUGCUGCAAAAGGUGUUCCAAACAGAAGGCAUUGAAGUGGACCCCAAGUUCAUCAACGGCUGCAUCCACUGCAAACCCGGCGCCGCAGAACCCAUCAUCACCACCCUCUACAAGGCCCUCACACACCGCAAGUGCGCGAUCAAAACAAAUCUGAAGCCCACAGAGCUCGUCUCAGAUCCUGACUUGGAGUCAACAACCACAAAGGUGAACGAGAUUAUUGCAAAGCAGCAGCAGCUGAAGCGGUUUGACAAGGAGACAGAUCCGUGGCGCUAUGGGGUCAAUCCUCCCCGUGCCACCGGCCACCGCAUCCGGCCACCAACCCGCGGCAGCAGCAGCGGCAGCUCCUAGACAAGACGGGACCGUGCAUGGUGGUCGAUGGUGGUGACUUUGCGAGUUGGUUGUAGUUGGUGGAUGGUGGGUGAUUGUGAGCCAUUCUGACUUUGCCAUGCUGCUGCGUGUUUGUUGCGUUACACGUAGCUUCCGUGCACAUCCAACCCGUGCGUGAGACAGCCACUUUUUCUUUUCUUUCUCUCUUUCCAUUCUGCCUUUCUCUCCCUGUUUCUGCUGCUGGUUGCAUAGCUGUACAUAACCACGCUUGAAUGUCGACACCACACGCGCGCGCACAAGCAAGCAGCUGCUAUUCAUUUGCUGUUGGUUUGGCGUUGUUGGUUUGGCGUUGUUGGUUCAAUUAAUCAAUAAUGUCUGCCUCUCAACCACAACAAGCAGCCGACCGAGUCGCUCAACUUCAAAUAAAGAAUGCCACACUGUUGCCUAA